AUGGCGGCUGGACGGUCAUUCAAGUCGCUGGUGGGUCGCCGCAGACGCCCGGAUGAAGAAGGGGAGGACGAGGAAGGGCCGGUAAUGGUGGACGAUUCGCAGAGCGAAGGAUCUGUCCUCAGCGAGCUGGAGGACGAUGAGGCCGACACGAGCACUUUGGGCGAUCCUGAAGCAGCAGAGGCCGGCGCCGAAGCCGCGCAGCAAAAGUCUGAGACAGCAGCGAAUGGAGCCAAGAGCGCGGGCAAAAAGGCACGGAAGAGCAGGAAGAAGGCGGCAAAGAAGACAGGCAAGUAUCAAGUGGCAGAACCUUCUUCACAGUGGCAGCCGACGACUUUCAAGGCAAUGGCAGAUACCGAAGCCAUGCUCAAUGGGUUGAACAUGGACGAGCAGGCAGCAGCGCAGGACGUGGUGGACUUCGAAAGCAUCGACCGGAGCACAUCUGCAGCUGCGUCACAAGCACCCGCCGUUGCGCCGCUUACCGGCUACUCGCAGUCCCCUGCAGAACGGCAGAGGCGAGACCAUGAAGAGUAUCGCAAAAAGCGCGACGCCGAUCCUGCCUUCAUACCCAAUCGUGGCAACUUCUUCAUGCACGAUACUCGCUCGCAUCACGCUCAGACUGGUCCACCGACAAGGGGUGCAUGGAACGUGAGAGGUCGCGGCAGAGGCGCUGGCAAUGUGGCACCUUCGUUUCCACCCUCGCAUCAGAUGGCGCAAGCAGACAGGUCCGCGCAACAGACUUGGAAGCAUGAUCUGCAUGACACGAUCAACGAGGAGCCGAGCAAAGACACUUCCAACUUUGCCAAGCCCGCAGACUCCCCCCAAGAUCGUGACGAGUCUGCACGUCUGUUCGGGAAGGCUGCUCAUGCUAAUCAGCAGAACUAUCAGCAGCAGCAGCCUCGAGUACUUUGCUUUUCGAGAACAGCGGUCGUGGGGAAGGUCCAAAUUCGGCUGUUGUUGCCGAACAUGAUAGAGCCCAUCACCUUCUCUGAGGUGCCGUGGAAACAGUACACUCGACUGCCGGACCAUCGCCCACCACUUCGUCGAGACAAACCCGUGCGGAUCUCCCUACCUCCACAUAUCCAGCGCUAUAUCUUCCCUGCACCAGAGAGAUCGUUCAUCUUCAUUCCCAGGCAGAUGAGGCCAAAUCAGCAAGGUUUCGGCAGGAGUGGAUACCAAAGAAGCAUUGGCGGAUACGGAUACUCGAGCAGAAGGACAUCGAUGUACGGCGGAAGCGUGUAUGCUGCUAGUGUCGCCGCUAGCCGACGCUCGUCGUUUGCGAGCGUUGCGCGGGAGAACGCAUUCUCGCCUGUUGGUUCAGCAUAUGCAGGUGGUAUGCCGCCCAACAGGCCAAUCGUUCGACUACCGCAUGGCUCUCAACCGCACUUCUCGACGUUCAACACACCCACGGGCCCACUUUCCGGUCACCAAACGCCUACCGGAUAUCAAGUUCCCUCAUACCCUCUGCCGUCGCAACCAGCAUUCCAGGGCACGCCAACCACCACUGUUCACCAGCCAAGGCCGCAGAAGGUACUUUCUGUUACUGACAUUGAGUCUCCCGCCGUGCUACAGAAUGCCUCCGUGCCUCCUGAGGCACAGCAGCCGUUCCAGAAUCAACUACCACCGCACAUGAACGAGCAGUCGACCUUUGGCCCACCAGCAGGAGCUUAUUACUCGCCAGGUCAGCAGUACUCCUACCAGCCUCAACCAGCUGCAGGGACUCCUCUCUCAAACAUCCCGGAACAAGCAAUGCAGGCACCCGCUUUUCAACCCCAGAUGAUGCCAUAUGGAGCAAACCCGUACUACGCGCCUUACCCUCCCCAACAAGGUUACUACUAUCCGCAAGGGCCUCCAGCGUAUCCGCAAAUGCCGAUGUAUGGUGCACCUCAACAAGGCUAUAUGAUGUCACCGCCCGGCACACAAAUGGCACACCCACAAGCAUCGCCACGGCAGCCGCUGCCCCAACAGGCACAGAGUGAGCCGCAGCCGCAACAACAACCCCCUCAAGCAUCGUCAGAAGAGAUCGUGGCAUACGAAAGAGAUGGUACAACACACUACCUGCCGGCGUCAGAGGCACGCAGACGACAAGAGACCGAAGACUAUCGGCCAGCGAGGAGCUUUGUACCAACGAAUGCUUUGGUCGGCAUGGCCCCUCCUACACCAGCGCCGGAGGCUGCGUACUACUAUUCUCAAAUGCAGCCUGCUUACUACCCAGCACAGACGCCUAUGCAGUAG